CGUAGAGAAACCGGAAGACGUGAGUCAGUCGCAGCGACGCCGCCAUCGAGAGCGAAACACCCGCAUUUUAACGUUAAAACAAGAUGGCAGGACUGCCCCGCAGGAUUUCUAAGGAAACUCAACGUCUGAUUGCAGAGCCGGUGCCGGGCAUCAAGGCAGAGCCAGAUGAAAGCAACGCCCGCUACUUUCAUGUGGUCAUUGCUGGACCGCAGGACUCGCCUUUCGAGGGGGGCACGUUUAAACUCGAGCUCUUUUUACCGGAAGAAUAUCCCAUGGCAGCACCAAAAGUACGCUUCAUGACCAAAAUAUAUCAUCCCAAUGUAGACAAGCUGGGGAGAAUAUGUCUAGACGUUUUGAAAGAUAAAUGGUCGCCGGCUCUGCAGAUUCGCACAGUGCUGCUAUCAAUCCAGGCGUUGCUAAGUGCACCCAACCCGGAUGAUCCCCUUGCAAAUGACGUCGCAGAGAAGUGGAAGUCCAGUGAAGUUGAAGCCAUAGAAACAGCCAAGGCAUGGACAAGGCUUUAUGCCGGAAACACAAAUGAUGUGUAGAGCAGCCCAGCAAGUGGAAACUCCUUAUGUUCUGCCAAAACCUCUACCUACCUACCUAAUUUGCAUUUAAGGGACACAACCUUAAAUAUAUUUGCAUAUAUAUUAUAAACCGGAAUAUAAAUGAAAAAGAAACUGCUAAUAACUGGUGAUUUAAAGACUCACAAAUGAUGAAAAGACUUGUUUUUGUCUGAACCCACCACCAUCCGAUGCAGGCUCAGAGGUUUACAUCCACUCAUCAGGCUUCCUUUGCCCAUUGAAAGCAUUUACCAACUGAAGCUUUAACAAGCAAGUUCAAGGUUGAAAAGGGUCCUACAUUUCUCAUUUUGGGGGGUUGGGUGGGUUUGGAGGUGCUAGAGCGGUGGAACGGGUUUGAAGUGGGGAUGGACUCAGUUUUAUUGUGUACUUUUUACGUUUGUUUUAAUUUAGUUCUUGUGUCACUUGUUUAUUUAAAGCAGCUAACUACUACCAGCACAUCAUAUGUAGUUCUGUGCGGUGUAGAUUCACCUAUCGUAGCCCUGCUUCUCCUUUAAGUCACGUUGGCUGUGUUAAAUACGAUGACUGAAUGUCACAUUAACUUUUAUAACAAGUGUAAACUGUAGGCUUGGGGAGAGUUUACGUUACGAAUGUUCAAUUUGUUUUAGCAUGUGUUUUAUGGUUUUUCUAUAUGAAUCUUUCUUGGUAUUCAGUAAAAGCUGUCCUGCUUCCCCUUGUGUGUCAUCACAACACUUCCACAACACUUUGAUUCACUUCUUCCAAUGGCAUUUGUUUUACUACGCAGCGGUUACAUUUGAGCUGUCAGUUGUUUGAUGGCAAGAGUUUGUUGAAUAGGACGCUUUUUGGAGUUGAGGGACUAACGAGAGGAGAUACUUAGCUAUUACGGGAUGAAAAUCUGUAUUUAAUUCACUUUGUUUCUAAUAACAUGGUCUCUCCUACUCCUAAAAUGCUAUGAAAGCCCACCUGCAUACUUUAAUGUUUUGUAAAUAAAAUCUGUUUAUUAGUAAA